AGCACUCGGGAGGCAGAGGCAGGCGGAUCUCUGUGAGUUCGAGGCCAGCCUGGUCUACACAGCGAGUUCCAGGACAGCCUCCAAAGCCACAGAGAAACCCUGUCUCAAAAAAACCAAAAAGACGAAGAGAGGAGCAGGCUUUGGGGAAUUUGAUAGAUCUUACUGGUUUGGCCAGCAAGUGAAGUGUGUGACAGGCAACUCCCUUGUGCAAGGAGGAGGUUCCAGCAUUUUAGAAAAGAAAUGAGGGCCUAAGAGAGGAAACCCAGAAGACUUGCCCUCAUGGUGAUCUCGAAAGAAGAAACUGUCACCUUUACCUUUCCAGUCCAGGGAUUUCAGGUACGAAAAGAGCCACCCCCUGACCUGUAUCUGCUCAUCAUUCAAUUGGUUGCCAUGCCCCCCUGUGUGUGUGUCUGUGUGUGCAGUUUGGGUCUCCCAGGCACCACUCUGGCAGCUCUGUGGCCUUGACUCCAGGCAGGUGUGUGUGCUGAGGCUGCAGCCGGGGCCACCUGGCAGCCAGGAGCCGUGAGCAUGCUGUCAUGGAAACGGCCCUGGGGUUGGCAGUGAGGCAAGGCGGCAGUUUACCAAGGCAAGGCGGAUUCAGGAGAGGGAAAGACCGGAAACUCAUACUCUUCAGAGUGGUCUCUCUGACCCCACAACUGCAGUCCACAGAAGCCCAGGACAUCUCCUGUGAAGCUCCCUGCAUGUGAUCCGAGGAUGGCUGAGCCACAGAGCCAGGAGCUUACAACUGAGUGCCCUGUCUGCUGGAACCCCUUCAACAACACAUUCCACACCCCCAAAGUACUAGACUGCUGUCACUCCUUCUGUGUGGAAUGCCUGGCCCACCUCAGCCUGGUAGCCCCAGCCAGGCGCCGUCUGCUCUGCCCGCUCUGUCGUCAGCCCACCGUGCUGGCUUCAGGGCAACCAGUCACUGACUUGCCUACAGACACUGCCAUGUUGACCCUGCUCCGCCUAGAACCCCACCAUGUCAUGCUCGAGGGCCAUCAGCUCUGUCUCAAGGACCAGCCCAAGAGCCGUUAUUUACUUCGUCAGCCUCGGGUCUAUACCCUGGACCUUGGCACAGAGCCUGGGAGUCAGACUGGUCUCCCUCAGGAUACAGUCACUGACACGGUGCCCGUGCCCAUCCCCAGCCACUACUCUCUCAGAGAGUGCAUCCGCAACCCUCACUUCCGGAUCUUUGCCUACCUGAUGGCUGUUAUCCUCAGUGUUACCCUACUGCUCAUCUUCUCCAUCUUUUGGACUAAGCAGUUCUUUUGGGGAAUGGGGUGAGCACUCUCUCUGUUCCAGCACAAGGAACCGAGCCAUUCUCUGUGGUUGCUGGAAUGGGGACUACUGAGCCUCCUUCGAUGUCUUCCUUGUAGUAUUGCUCAUCUGACAGCCUAGAGACAUGCGUCUGCUUUGGAGAACACAGAUGGCUCAUUUGAUGAAAAGCUUUGACCUGAAAAUGAACUAUGGAGUCAUGGAGUCCAGGGAAGCAGCUCUGUGGUUCCUCGGCCACAUAGCAAGUAGUGCCAAAGGGCUGGACAGCACUGUCCAGACAUCUGACUACAGUUGAGAUGAGAGCUUGUGGACAGCACUGUCCAGACAUCUGACUAUAGCUGAUAGCUUGUGGACAGCACUGUCCAGACAUCUGACUAUAGUUGAUAGCUUGUGGCAUCUUUCACUGGAGCUGUGUCCUGCUGUUCAUGUGUUACUGAGUUCUGGAGGGUUUCAAUUUGUGGACCAAUGUAUUUGUCUCCCCCUUCAGCUUUCUCUCCAAUUCUUGUCACCAUUCCCAGUAAAACUAGCCUGCAUUCUUUAA